AUGGAGUGUCGCCAAUUUCCUGUCUUCUUUUUGACAAAUAACACUGGUGCACCGAAAGCAGUUUGCGAUAGAGUGAAAAACCCUUUCUCAAGAAAACUGUCUAAUUGUUUGUAUAGAUUUCCUAGAACAUUUUGUGGAACAGGAAACAUUCUUUUGGCAUCCGCUUUAUCAUCCUAUUCUAUCUCCAGAUCGCGAGUAUCAGAUUUGGUUUCUCCACCAUGUAUCUUUGGUGGCUUUGGAGAUGGUGUUGGUGAUGACAUAUAA